AUGGGGACCCCGAGACGGGCUACAUCAAUGGUUAGAGACAUUGUCAGACAUGGCACAGUCGCGCCCUCAGUGGUGCUCGUGCAUCCAAGCUAUUGCCUUCAAUGCAUAGCUCCGCUCCAAGUUUCCCGACUUAACAGUUCACUGACAAUGCAGUAUUUACGCACGAAUUUAUCAGAUCCCGCCUCCAAUGCACAGCUACCUACCCCACCUCCCCAAAUCACUUGUGAACGAAACUGUGGCAGCCACAAUCACUGUACGACAAGUACGCGGUUCUUACAGCUGAUGAUGAUCUACGAGUUCUCCUCUGAGGGACCACAGCCUGAACAAGUCACACAAGAUACUGAGGCGGCUAAACAGGAGGCCGAGUCGAAUGCGACGCGUUUGCAAGCCUCUCUUCGAAUGAUGGAAGUCCAAGUUAAGGGAUUAGAGGCCCAACUGGAGCAAAAGUAUUUACGCACGAAUUUAUCAGAUCCCGCCUCCAAUGCACAGCUACCUCCCCCACCUCCCCAAAUCAUCGGUGAACGAAACUCCCGCAGCUACAAUCACUGUCCGACAAGUACGCGAAUCUUACAGCUGACAAUGAUAAUGAUGGCAAAAGUGAGUAGUCUCUUCCACAAACCCGCCUCUCUGAUUCCCCAACCUCGCCAGCUCAUUAGUGAAGCCAGUUUUGAUCAUCAAUGUCACGACCGCAUCUGA